AUGCUCAAGUACGGGAACCUAGAGAAUCUCGGGGAGGUGACGCAUGCAGCACGAGCAAUCUUCAACGUCGUCGACGUCGACGGGUCGGGCGAGAUGGACGUGAAAGAGCUAGGGACAGGCUUGAGCAUGCUCGGGCUAGAUGACGUCCCCGAAGAGCAGGUGCAGCAAGUGCUGAACCACUUCGACGCGGACGGGAGCGGGUCGAUCGACAAGGAGGAGUUCGUGUCGAUGGUUGCGGUGUUGUGUAGCAGCCAAGGAGGAAGCGUGAAGAAAGCGCUCAAGAAGCUGAGCACAGGAGUCAAGCGAGAC